AUGGAGAUGGAAGACGGCGAAGAGGUUUCGAUGUUACCUUCACCUGCCGUCGCACAGGCUCCAAGGCAGAAACCAAAGAUUACAGCGACAUUCAUCAUUCCUAUAUGGAUCGUUCUCAGUUCUUCGGUUAUCAUAUACAACAACUACCUCUACAACACCCUCCACUUCCGCUAUCCUGUUUUUGUUGUGACAUGGCAUCUUACUUUUGCGGCGAUUGGAACUCGUAUAUUGCAUCGAACAACAAGUUUGCUAGAUGGUGUCAAGGACGUUAGCAUGUCGAAAGACAUGUUCCUCAAAUCCAUUCUUCCUAUCGGUAUUCUAUUCAGCGGCAGUCUCAUCUUGAGCAACACGGCCUAUCUAUACCUUAGUGUAUCUUACAUUCAAAUGCUCAAGGCCUUCAAUGCCGUCGCGGUCCUCCUCGUUUCAUGGGCAUUCAGGAUUUCAGAACCGAAUAGAAAACUUGCCCUUAUCGUGCUCAUGAUUUCUUCUGGUGUCGCUGUCGCGUCGGGCGGGGAGCUCAAGUUUAAUAUGUUUGGAUUUAUAGUACAGGCAGCUGCGGUCGGCUUCGAAGCAGCGCGUCUCGUUAUGAUUGAGAUCCUUCUUCACGGAUUAAAGAUGGAUCCAUUAGUCUCUCUCCACUACUAUGCCCCAGUCUGCGCAAUUAUCAACCUGAUCGCCCUCCCGUUCACUGAAGGCCUUGCGCCGUUUUUCGAGCUUGCAAAAAUUGGCCCAUUCAUCCUUUUCACGAAUGCCGCUGUGGCGUUCUUACUGAAUGUGGCUGCGGUUUUCCUUGUUGGAGCUGGAAGCGGUCUGGUAUUGACGUUGACGGGAGUGUUCAAGGAUAUCUUGCUCAUCACCGGCUCAACGUUAAUUUUUGGUUCGACUGUCACACCGAUUCAGAUAUUCGGCUACAGUGUUGCGUUGGGUGGUCUAAUGAUGUUCAAAUUAUCUGGCAACAAGAAGUGA